GAACUAUCUGAACAUCCACAAGAUGCUCCAGCAGCCAUAAGUGGGAACGCUUCAAGAUGCUUAAACAUCGCAACAACACAUGUAUUAACUACUCCCUCCGUCCGGGAAAAGUUGUCCCCAACGACAUUUUGCGAAAAUCAACUCCCCUUUCUUCCGACAAACUACGCAGCCCUCCCUCCGUCUGCUUCUCUGCUCCGUCGCCUCGCCACGCGCCGGCCGCCUGCUCCGUCGCCUCGCCGCAUGUCGGCCGCCUUCUCCCCCUCGUCUCGCCGCUUCUCUCCGUCCGCACUAGGAGAUCAAGAGGGAAGGGAUCCCCUUUUCUGUAAAGCUCGCGCCUUGCCGGCUCCGUCGGCGGCGCUCGAUGACCCGCUCCUCGUCCUCGAUCUCCUCAUCCUCGAGCACCUCCUCCAGACCUCCAGCUCCGGCAGCGGCGCUCGAUGACCCGCUCCUCGUCCUCGAGCUCCUCAUCCUCGAGCACCUCCUCCAGACCUCGAGCUCCGGCGGCGGUGGCGUGGGAAACACGACCAGGGCAUGGGGAAGACGAAGACUUGCUCCAGAAGCUUGUCUUACUCCUCGAGCUGGUGGGCUUAUGAUGGAGGACCUGCACUCUUGGCUCCACCAGCGCAGCCGCUGCCGCUUCUGCUUCUGCUCCCCGCUCACCCACAGCGCAGAGAAGAUGCUACUAGUAUCUCUCACAAGUUAACUAGAACAAUUGAAAGCAACAGUAGAUCAGAAAUUGCUUCUACUCUAGAGUACUCUCACCGGCAGCAUGAUCAAUUGUGUUUGAAAUUAAUGAACAAGUGCAAGGAUCAGAAAUUGGAGCUUCUUCUCACCGGCAGCAGCACAAGCAGGGUAGCUCCAGGCAGCAGCACGAGCAGGCCCGCCUGGGAGGAGCAGCAACUUGCAGACGAGCAGCAGGUCGAGGAGAGGAGUGGGGGAGACGACAGGGGCCUCGAGGUUGAGGAUGAGCUUCAAUUCCAGGCCCGCCGGGAGCUCCAGGUCCAGGCGCUCGAGACCCAGGCGCGCGCAGGUCCUGGCUGGCGGGAGGGGAUAGAGGCGCAGCCUUGGGCGGCGUAAGGGGUGACGGCGGGAGAGGAUGGCGGCGGUGCAGCGCCAUUCAGCCGUGGAGCCGCCACCCGUCGAGGUGGUCGCCGCGGAGGAGUAGGUGGAUGGCGCAGCUCGCCUUGGGCGGCGCAGGUGGGCGCGGGCGGCGUUGGUUCACAGCGGUGGUGCAGCUCGCCUCGGACGGCGCAGGUGGGCACGGGCGGCGGUGGUUCACAGCGGCGGCGCAGGUCGUGGCCGUCGUCAACCGGUGCCGACGGUGGCUUGGGCGGCGGACGAAGAAAGGAGGAAGAAGCAACCGGGGGCUGAUUAGCAAGAGAUUCGAAGAUGGAAGGUUUUUUUUGCAAAUUUGAAAAUGAACUAAGCGCUGGACAACUUUUCUCGGACGGAGGGAGUAGUACCUAGUUGUCUACACGAUAAGACUUUUUAGAGCAUAUACCUCACUGAUCUAAAAAGGCUUAUAAAAGUUUGCAGAGGGAGUACAAGUUCUACGAGCAACGUUGACUGCACAAGAUAAUUGUACAGCAACCGAAACGGAAAACCAGCAGAGAAUUGGGGACAGUGGGACUGGCAUAGCAGACACAGUAUGAACCCUUCUGUCCUGUUAUGUGUGAGGAUCCAGGAUUUAUACAAGUGAUGAAGACGCCCCUUGAACAUUGCAUCCAACGUCGACCUGUCAUGAUGAGAAAAGCAGAAAAUUCAAAUUGACAAUUUAGACACACAAGAGUAUUAUUACUGAACAAUCUUUGUAUCUAUACUUGUUAAAGACUGGGCAUGAUGAUGGCAGCAGAAGAGGUGAGGUAUUAUAUGACAACAAGUAUAUACUCUCUCCGUCUCAAGAUAAGUGUCUCAACUUUGUACUAACUUUAGUACAAAGUUAUACUAAGGUUAAGACAUUUAUUUUGGGAAAGAGGGAGUACAAGACUAAGAAAAUAUACCUCCCAAUUACAAAUAAGCUCCAUUUAACAAUAGCGGCUGUCAUUCUUUACAUCUUUGUAAGUAGAGGUGCACAUGUACAUCAGUUGGGAAAAGAAUUGCCCCUUUCA